GAGUAGCUUUAAGAACGAGCGCGCGCUUCUGUCCACUUAGCAUAAACUGCGUACGGGCAGCAAAGGGAGUAAAGAGAGGUGCCGACAAGAGUGCGCAGAUUUACGAUGAAUCUUUCGCGUGCGUGUCAUCGUGCGAUAGUUUUAGUCGCGUUGAUUGAAGUGCUUUUGGUGUUAGUUCCACACUUCGCAUUAAGUGCGUCCUCAAAGUCGAAGAAGACUGCUAAAAAAAGCAGUACUAAGGAUUGUGUUAUAAAGAAGGACAAGUUAACGAACAAAUGGGGCUUAGAUUGCAAAAAAAAGCAAUGUCCAUGCAGUCGAGGACGCCGAGGACAAAAAGGUGCACGAGGCAGACAUGGUCCUGCAGGACCACCUGGGCCUCCUGGCCAAGGGGGAACAGAUGGCCGUGAUGGAAGGCAAGGGAUACGAGGACAGCCUGGAACGACUGGAAUAAUCGGAAGACAAGGAAUCAAAGGAAGUACAGGACCAACUGGUCCACCUGGGCCAACAGGUCUUGCGGGAAGAGACGGACAACCAGGGCCACCGGGACCACCAGGGCCUUCGGGUACGUGUAGCAAUCCAAGUACGACCACCUCUCCAUCGAACAUCAUCAGAACAUCGUGUCUCCCAGGGGCACCUGGACCUAGAGGAGAACCGGGUAUAACCGGACAGACAGGUCCGACCGGCCCAACCGGACCGCCCGGUGAUAGAGGGAGCGACGGAAAGGCUGGGACCAAGGGUGCAAAUGGCGACAGAGGAGCGCCUGGUAGCCCAGGGAAAAUCGAGUCUCUGCAAUGUAUAAUACAGUUUACCCAAUGGUUUGACGAAUCCAAGUGGAAAAGUUUGACCCCAGAGAUUGGGUGCGAAGGGAGUUCCUUUUUACAGAAGUUCGCAUUGCAAAGAAGAACACCAAAUAUGAGAUAUAAAUAUACUUGUUGUCAUUUUCAGUAAAUGAAUUAUACGAAUACUAUUGUAUAUACCAGUAAAUGAACUGGAAGAGACCGCCGACAGUAGGCUGAUAGUACGGAUGCAUACCAACAUAUAAUAAUGUGACUGGAAAACUGUUUUAACUUACAGCGGUGAAGGAAAAACGGGAAUAGCCUCAAAAACACAUUACAUUAUCCAUCACCAGUAGACCAAACGUAUUCAUCGACCCUUCGAUUCGUUUAAAUAAAUCGAUCGUUUAGAACUUCAUAGAUUUCUUACACAAAUCAUAAUUUGGUUCGAAGGAAAUGUAACGAUUUGACUCUGCAUAUAAUAACAGUGGAUAAAUU